AAUCACACAACAUCAAAAUGGCGCCGGUAGAUUCAGAUCGGAUAAUAGAAGCUGAGAGGCUGGUGAAGACGGAACCAAGGAAAGCGGAGGCACUAUACAAGGAUAUCCUCUCGAAAACCCCAUCCGCAACCAACGAUGCGGCCGUGCGGGAGUUUGAGACGGCGCUGGUGAAGCUGGGAGAGCUGUAUCGAGAUGAGCAGAAAACCGAUGAGCUUGUCAACCUAAUCACAACAAGCCGGACAGUUCUGUCGUCGUUUGCAAAGGCAAAGACAGCCAAACUUGUCCGCUCCCUCCUCGACCUCUUCCACAAAAUCCCCAACACGACCGACACCCAAAUCUCCGUCACAAAAUCCUGCAUAGAAUGGGCCACCUCCGAGCGCCGCAGCUUCCUGCGUCAGAAUCUCGAAACUCGCCUCGUCGCCCUGCACAUGGCGAAGCAAUCCUACUACGACGCCCUCACCCUCAUCAACAGCCUCCUCCGCGAACUCAAGCGCCUCGACGACAAGCUCGUCCUCGUCGAAGUCCAACUCCUCGAAUCUCGCGUCUACCACGCCCUCGGCAACGUCGCCAAAGGCCGCGCCGCCCUAACCAGCGCCCGCACCUCCGCCGCGUCGGUUUACACCCCCCCUCUCCUGCAGGCAGGGCUGGACAUGCAAUCUGGGAUGCUGCAUGCGGAGGACAAGGAUUUCAAUACCGCGUUCUCGUACUUUAUCGAGGCGCUCGAUGGGUACCAUACCCAGAAUGAGCCGGCGAAGGCCACCGCGGCACUGCAGUACAUGUUGCUCUGCAAGAUCAUGCUGAACCUCAAUGACGACAUCGCGCAGCUCAUGACGUCCAAGCAGGCCGUCAAGUACGCCGGCAAGAACCUCGAAGCCAUGAAAGCCGUCGCGCGCGCACACGCGAACCGGUCGCUCGAGGAAUACGAAGCCGCGCUGGGCGACUACAAGUACGAGCUCGGCAGCGACACCUUCAUCCGCAACCACCUGCGUCGACUGUACGAUUCCAUGCUCGAGCAGAACCUGAUCAAGGUGAUCGAGCCCUUCUCGCGCGUCGAGAUCGCGCACAUCGCCAAGAUGGUAGGGCUGGAUGAGCAGCAGGUGGAGCGGAAGCUGUCGCAGAUGAUUCUCGAUAAGGUGAUUAUCGGCGUCUUGGAUCAGGGCGCGGGGUGUCUGAUUAUUUUCGAUGAGACGGAGCCGGAUGAGGGGUAUGAAUCGGCGUUGGCGACGAUUGCGAAGCUGAGUGGUGUCGUGGAUGUGCUUUAUACGAACCAGGCGUCGCAGCUUGAGUGAGUGGCUUUGGAGGGUGAGGGCUGGGGAUGAGGCAAAAGGCUUGUAUUAAAUAGAGGCGCUACAUGGGCGGAUCGAGAAUAUUAAGGCGUGCAUU